ACGGGAUCCGUGUCCGGUUACAGCUCAGCCCCAUAGCCGAGUGUGGGGCAGGGAUGGGGUCCCUGUUCCGCAGCGAGGAGAUCUGCCUGGCCCAGCUCUUCCUACAGUCUGCCUCUGCCUACAGCUGUGUCAGUGAACUGGGGGAACGGGGGCUGCUCCAGUUCAGGGAUCUGAACCCACACUUGAGCCCCUUCCAGCGCCGGUUCGUGGCUGAGCUGCGGAGAUGUGAGGAGAUGGAGAAAACCUUCACGUUCCUGCUCCGGGAGCUGCGGGCCUCGGGUCUGGCCCCGCCCCCUGCCCCGUUGGGGGCGGAGCUUCGGGCCCCGUCCGCGCGGGAAGCUCUGCGCGCGCAGGAGGAGGCGGAGCAGCUGGCGCGGGAGCUGCGCGAGGCUUCCCGCCACCGGGCGGCGCUGCGAGUGCGCCUGCGCGAACGGCGCCAGUUCCUGCACGUGCUGCGGGAGGGGCGGAGCCUGACGGGGGGGGAGAUCUGGAGUUUGGCCACCAACCACCUCAGCUUCCUCAACUCCUUCAAGAUGAAGAUGUCUGUGGUGUUGGGUAUUGUGCAUAUGGCCUUUGGUGUCCUGCUUGGGGUCUUCAACCACCUUCACUUCCAGCAGCGGCACCGGUUGGUGCUGGAGCUCCUGCCUGAGCUGGUUUUCCUCUUGGCUCUCUUUGGUUAUCUCGUCUUCCUCAUCUUCUACAAGUGGCUCAUGUUCAGUGCUGCUGAGUCCCUGCUGGCCCCCAGCAUCCUCAUCCACUUCAUUGACAUGUUCCUCUUCACCUCCAACCCCGAGAACCUCCCGUUGUACCCAGGACAGGUACCGGUGCAGACUGUACUGGUGGUGCUGGCGUUGGUGUCAGUGCCCAUCCUGCUCCUGGGCACCCCCUUGUACCAGUGGUGCCGGCAGCGCAAGGCGAGGAUGGGACACCCCAUGGUGGUGGGUGCUGGGGAGCAGGAGCCGCUGCUGGAGGGGCAGGAGGUUGGGAGCUCAGUCAAUGUCACCAUGGAGGAUGUGGAGAGUGGAGGGCAAAGCCCUGAGGCUGAGCACCAGGACCUGGCCGAGCUCCUCAUGCACCAAACCAUCCACACCAUUGAGUACUGCCUGGGCUGCAUCUCCAACACUGCAUCCUACCUGCGGCUCUGGGCGCUCAGCCUGGCCCAUGCCCAGCUGUCGGAGGUGCUAUGGACCAUGGUGAUGCGCAAUGGGUUCGUGCCCAUGGGCUAUGCUGGUGGUGUGGUGCUGGUACCCGUGUUCGCUGCCUUUGCCAUACUGACCGUGGCCAUACUGCUGGUGAUGGAGGGGCUGUCUGCCUUCCUCCAUGCCCUGCGCCUGCACUGGGUGGAAUUCCAGAACAAGUUCUAUAUGGGAGCUGGAUACAAGCUCUGUCCCUUCACCUUCACACCCGGUGCUUGGGAAUGACCAUAUGGAUGCCGGAGGUUGGGACCCACAGUCCUGCCCCACUGAUGGGAGCUCACUUGGGGGGUGCCCCACAGAGCCCCACGGUUGGGGGUCUGGUUGUGGUUCCCAUCCCAUGCUUGCAGUGAAUAAAGCCCCAUAGCUUGUCCCCAA